CAAUCUGCUCAGUUGCUCACUCUGGCUGAAAAUUGAAGUUGGCUUGGGGCGCCGCCUAUAAUAUUAUUUUAUAUUUAAAGUUUAUUGAGUUUAAAACACCUAUCUUCCAAGAUGCCAGAAACUCAAGAAAACAUAUUUCUCUUUGUUCCCAAUAUCAUUGGAUUCGCCAGGGUCAUCUUGGCUAUCAUAUCCUUCUAUUAUAUGCCGACGCAUUGCGUCUUCGCGGUGAUUUGCUACGUGACCUCAGCGCUGCUGGACGCCGUGGAUGGCCAUGCCGCGCGGUUCUUUAAUCAGAGUACCAAGUUUGGAGGAAUGUUAGACCAGCUAACUGACCGCGCUGGCACUGCAGGCCUCAUGAUGACCCUCGCCACUUUCUACCCCAAGUACACCUUCUGGUUCCAAAUCUCCAUGGCCAUUGACAUCACUUGCCACUGGCUCUACCUGCACUCGGUGACUGUCCAGGGCAAGGCAUCGCACAAGCUGAUUGACAUGUCUGGUAACCCCGUCAUGCGGCUGUACUAUACCAACAAGAAUGUACUUUUCUUCAUGUGUGCCGGCAAUGAAGCAUUCUAUGCGGCUCUCUAUGUUAUGUACUUCUACACUGGCCCUACAGUUCUCGGAAUCGGCCUAUACAAGCUCAUUGCUCUAGUCUCCAUGCCGGUGGCAGUGGUGAAGGCGGCCAUCUCCGUCCUCCACGGCAUCGUAGCGUCCAUCAACAUCGCCUCGCUCGACUGCGCCGAGCGCGCCGCGGCCGCCCAGAAGCAGGACAAAGCUAAUUAAGCUGAGAUAACUAGUUGUAGUUUGGCCAGCCGUCUGUGUAGUGUAGGACUGAUCGCACCGGAGCGUUCAGACCUAUCGCGAACCACUUUGUUUACCUGACCUGACCACUUUUUUUGUUAUUCCAAAUUCCGAAUUUCCUUUAUUCCUUUCUGCGUUAUUUCCUACCCUUUUACAUGACGUUGACUACGGGCAAUACCGCCCUCAAGUCCAUUUAGAAGAAAAAAAAAACGAAUUGUUUCGUUUGUUCAUCUAUUUGCUUCUUUAUCUCUCGAAUAUGCAUUAGCGAUAGAGGCAGAUAACGAAAUUUCGACUUUCGCCGUUGGCCCCCAGACGUGGUAACGCGUCUUUUGGCGAAGAGUUCGCUAACUCCUCACGUGCAUUACCUACGUAAUUAUCAGUACUGAUACUCGAUAAUAGAUGUCGCCACGAACGGAAAGUCUGAUGCUAAACAAUUUUCAGCUAAUAUUAUAACCGGAACUCUAUUUUCAACUCCCUCUGCUUGUAAUAUUAGUAGUAAAUUGUUGAGCAAUACACUUUUCGUCAGUCGCGACGUCGCGACACACGUGACAUCUAGUGUCGAGUAGCGGCACUGAUAAUUCCGCUACUUGACGCUAGAUGUCGACUACGAAAAUAAUAGUCGAUUUGGUAACAAAACCGAUGUAUGGAGUGAGCACUCUGUUCACUUAUUGCUCUAUGCUUAUAGUGUUAGGAGGUGACCGGAAUGCUUUCUGAACAUUUUAGUAACACGGCUGGCUGGCCCAACUAUAUGACUUCCAUUCCAACUAUUCCAAGCAGGGUAACCAAUGUUUUACCAUCGAUAAACAUUUUGCGAAAGAUAAAGAGAAAUCUACUUCAGUUCCUAGAACAUUCAGGUUGUAAAAUCCGGAAGUAAACCAAAAAGAUUUGUGUGGUAACCCAUCAUUUAAGUAACUUAAUUUUGACUCCCAGUUGUGUCGCCAAAUUAUAACCAGUCAAUAAUAUUUGCACAUUUCGGGCGCGCAUCAUAAAGUGUUACUAUAAUUUUGACCACGAAUUUACAUUAUUAUGUAUAGUAUAAUAUAUUAUAUAAGUACAAAUAAGAAGAAUAAAGAGCGUUAUUUACAAAAACCUCUUAUAUAUCAUAAUGUCGAUGUGACUAGUCAUCAGUUUUGAUUCCCGCAAGCUACUUGUGUCUUCUAUUUUUUUUUUGUUGCACAUCAGGUGAUGUUAAGUUUUUAUUUGUAUAAUAUUGUCUUCGGGUACCGUGAUAGUUACUCAUUAAAUAAAACUAUGAAAACGGAAUAUAUCGCGUAUAUUGAAUUUAUAAUACAUCCCGACGUUUCGAACGCUUUACAGCGUUCGUGGUCAACGGGUAUAUUACGGGUGUAUUAUAAAUUCAAUAUACGGGAUAUAAUCCGUUUUCAUAGUUUUAUUUUUUAUUUGUAUUUAAGAAAUACAUACAUAUUUGUUGUUGGGUACAUUUAUGUAACUAUAACAUAGUAAUAAUUAAUUGUGUUAUGUGUUAAGAAUUUUAGAGCUGUUUGUUGUCACCAUUCAAUGUUAAAACCCAAUGUGAGUAGGCUGUAGUUGUUUAAAUCUCGAAUAAUUUGUUUUUCAAAACAGUGAAUACUGUCACUCAGAAAAUGAUUUUCAUAAUUUAGGCUCUGUACACCAACUCAGAGGCAAAAUAUGGUAAAUGCAGCCAUUUGGUGUUCAGACUGUAGGUAAUCUUGGUUCUUGAUUUUAUAAAACUAUAUGCGAAAAGGGCAUUAGCUAGAUUAUGGCACCGGGGCAGCAAUAGGAGCAGUCAGAUUUUUGGCGCGAGGCGUAAAUGUGAAGUUUAUGCUUCCGAUGUAGCCCACAAUAUGGCAGAACCUACUAUGCACCAGAAAACGUACGAGAACGGUAGAUGGUAGCACUUGCUUUGGCAAUGUACAUACACGUUUGUUUCCUAUUGAGGCCACAAGAUGGCAGUCCCUCCAACGCUUACGGUCCCUAUAGUAGGUGUAGGUACAGUACAGUCAAAAUAUUAUGGCCAUUAUGGGGCAAAUCGGACAGGGCAGCAUUUACCUAACAGAAGAAAAAAAUUGUAUAAUAAAGUCAGUUAUCUUUAACAACCCAAAAGUCAUAUAAUAAAGGAUUUUAAUUAAGUCAGCAAAUAUAUAAUUAUCAAUAUUAUCAUUAAUUAUUCAAUGAGUUAUUUUUUUGCAGACACAUUUUUCAAGAGGCAUGGCCUUAUUAUUUUAUUUCUCAGUAGAAUUUAGCGAUAAGGUUUUUAAUUAUAGUACAUUUAGAAUAAGGAAAAUCAAUGUCUCUAAAAUUAUAUAUCCUUAAGUAAUUAAUGGAUAGGUGCAAACUGUUAACGAUUCCUACAAACUGUAUUGUGCAAUUUACGACCACUUUAGUUUUCACUAAAGAUACUAAUAUAAAUUAAGGGCAUUUACUUAAUUAAAUAUUUAACCAGGGCAUAGAUCAUACUAUCUUUUGGCCACAUAUUACCUAUAAAAAAAAGUAUAUCCAGAUUACUGAUAUUCAACAAUAGCUAUAUAUAAAAUUCAAUCAAACUACAAAUAUAAACAUAUUCAACUGUAUGGACAAUGGUACUAUAGCUAUUGCUACACAUAAACAAUCAUUGUAUCACUAUGUAAAUACACAGUGUACUUGUGUAGUGCCAGUAGUGCUACCAUAUUUUUCGGAGGAUAUACGAAAAUAAAAAAACCGAAAUCAAUAUUAGUUAUAUUUAUUUUUAAUAUUAAUACUUGUGAACAGCAUUUAUGCAAAAGUGAAAGAGUAUAAGAAUAUAUGUAGUAACAUUAAAUGCAAUGUUAUUUAAACCAAAAUAUUGUUGAACAAACUAAAAUAAAAUUAUUCUCAAUAAAGCAAAAUCAUUA